CUUAACAGGCAGACCCGCGACGAAAAGCGGGCCAAUCAGCGAAGUGGAUAUGACUUGACUCGCAUUCCCUUCCGGAAGUAAACGAUAUUGGAGGGGAAGCAGUGAAAGAGGGGAGUGGUUGCUAUAGCGACGACAGGAGGAAGAAGAUGACGGUUCACAACUUAUACAUCUUUGAUCGCAAUGGUGCCUGCUUACACUAUAGUGAAUGGAACAGAAAGAAGCAAGCCGGGAUUUCCAAAGAAGAGGAGUACAAGCUGAUGUACGGCAUGCUCUUCUCCAUCCGCUCCUUCAUUAGCAAGAUGAGCCCUGUGGACAUGAAGGAUGGUUUCCUCUCCUUUCAGACCAGCAAGUACAAGUUGCACUAUUAUGAGACCCCCACAGGGCUAAAGGUGGUAAUGAACACAGACUUGGGAGUAGGAAACAUUCGAGAUGUGUUGCAUCAGAUCUACAGCUAUAUUUAUGUGGAGUAUGUUGUCAAAAAUCCUCUGUGCAGCAUGAACGAGACCAUCCAGAGUGAGCUCUUUCGAAACAAGCUGGACAGUUUCGUCCGUGGCCUGCCCUUCUUCUCAGCUCGGGCAGGCUAAGGUUCCCCAUUCUCAGAAGACUCUUUCCUGUGAUGUACAUAAAAAUUGUCAUGAGCCUGGCUCUUUCUGCACUGGAGAUGCCGCUGUCAUGGCAACUGACCCCAGAAUGCUAUUGGAGCCCAGUACCAGAACUCUCAGCUUGGGACAGACACAGUCUUCUUGUGGCUUCCCCACCUCCCUUCUUCAAAUCAUGGUCUUCAGACCCUUCAACUGGCCAUUCGUCUCCUGUAUUGUGGUCUCCUUCCCCUUCUCUCUCUCCUCUUAGAUAGAUCAGGCCUCGGGGUCUGCUCGUGUUCCCUGGACUGCUUUCUCCCCCUUACCACAGUCCUUUGCUGGCCUAGACCUGUUCUUUUCUAUUUAUAGAGGCCACUUGCUUCUUUGCCUCAUCUCCCUGCUCCCCCAAUUCCUAUUUAUAGUCUUCCCCUGCUUUUCCAGUUCAGUGCGCUUCCUCAGCCGCCUGGACAUGACAUCAAGCUCCCUGGGGACAUAAAGAGACAUUGCAGCAGCCUGCCUUUUCCAAAUACAUCUCUUCGAAAAGACAAAUUAAUGAUCUGGUUUCUCAUUUCUGCUGCUGAGAAGUAUCAACCCGUACAAAAGGUUGAGAAACAAUCCAUACCUUUUGGCUUUCGGGUUAAAAAAAAAAAAAAACUAUACUCGAACUUUUGUGAAAUGAUAAUAAGGAAUGUGUCUACAGCUCAUAAAAAGUUGGCCAACCUCUUUCAGUACCAGGCCUUUGAAAAUCACUGUCCUAUCUAGUUGUUGCCAAUAUGCAUUGUAGUUUUUCUGUUUACAAAGGCUACUGGCAAUCCAUCAAGACUGUUCAGGAGUGCUUCCAAGAAAACCUGGCCAGUCGGUGAGAGUCUUGGCCAUCUCAUUUCCAAUUCAAGAGAUGCCAAAACCCAGUGAGGCAUAUUAAAAUGUUAGUUCCAAGUUCUGGCUUCACGCUGGGCUUUUUAUUUUACUUCCUUAGGCUAAGAAGCCCAGAGAACAAAAAUAUAUAUAAAAGGUUCUGCAGCUGUCCCUCUAGGCCAAAAUAUAAGUGUGGGGGUUCGCUUCUGCAUAUAUUCUGUGCUCCCAAAAGCAGCUGGUGGACUCCUUUUACAUAUUUUGGUUGCUUCAGGCAUCUUCUACUCUGGGAUGUUUUCUCCAACUUGUGCUUCUUUCCAGCCUCUUAAACGCAACUCAAUCAGAAAUAACUGCUGUGUGUCUUUGUGUCAUGAUAAAUUUUGCAUGGGUUGAAAGCUUCGGCACACAUUCCAUUAAAUGUUACACCCGCAGCCUGGCAA